AGAGCGCGCGAAGGUCGACCGCCAUUACAAGUUGACUACACGAAUGUUGGUUAUUUGUACAGAAUUUCGAUCGACAGAAUGAGCUUAUGGGUGGAUAAAUAUCGUCCGACUUCCUUAUCCAAGCUAGACUACCAUAAGGAUCUUGCGGCACAUUUAAAAAAACUGGUGCACUGUGGAGACUUUCCACAUCUAUUAGUUUAUGGCCCAUCAGGGGCUGGGAAGAAGACCCGAAUCAUGUGCAUCCUGAGAGAGCUCUAUGGUCCUGGUGUGGAGAAAUUGAGGAUUGAACAACAGAGUUUCACGACCCCAUCAAACAGGAAGAUUGAGAUGUCAACUAUUGGCAGUGCUUACCACUUAGAAAUCAAUCCAAGUGAUGCUGGGAUUUAUGAUCGUGUUGUAGUCCAAGAACUUAUCAAGACUGUUGCACAGUCACACCAGUUAGAUUCAACAACACAAAAGGAAUUUAAAGUGGUAGUCUUAACAGAAGUAGACAGACUCACUAAGGAUGCACAGCAUUCUCUACGCCGAACCAUGGAAAAGUACACAGCAACAUGCAGACUGGUUCUUUGUUGUAACUCAACAAGCAAAGUCAUUCCUGCAAUUCGCAGUCGUUGUUUGGGAGUCAGGGUGGCUGCUCCAUCAGUGGAUGAGAUUUGUCAAAUACUUCACAAUGUUUGCAAAAAGGAGGGCCUGACUAUUCCAGCAGAGCUUUCUAAGAGAAUCGCUGAGAAGUCAAAGAGGAAUCUACGGAGGGCCCUGCUGAUGUGUGAAGCUUGCAGAGUUCAACAGUACCCUUUCUCGCCUGAUCAACCUGUUCAAGAGGCAGACUGGGAGGUGUAUUUGAGGGACACUGCUCAGCAAAUUGUUGAGCAACAAACACCUAAAAGGUUGUUAGAGAUAAGAGGUAGAUUUUAUGAACUCUUGACCCACUGCAUUCCUCCUGAUGUGAUAUUUAAGGGUCUGAUCAAAGAAUUAGUGACCAACUGUGAUGGCAGUUUAAAAGCAGAAGUAACAGAAAUGGCUGCCCACUAUGAACACCGUAUUCAUCAGGGAAAUAAGGCCAUUUACCACUUAGAGGCUUUUGUGGCAAAGUUUAUGAGUAUUUACAAACGCUUCUUGGAGGAAGGAAUGGCAGAUUUGUUUUAGGAUUAGGGCCAUUGUUGCGUUGGAAUUAACACUUAAAAAUGAAAAAAAUCUUGUAAACUUUAGGAAAUAAGCAUCAAUAAAUGAUGUAUA